CGACAACAGAAAGUCAACCAGGAAACCGAAGCUGCUGAAUUGACCUGCCGCCCCGGUAUUGACGGCCAAACGGCGGUAUUAACAAUAGGAAUAACACAGUAUAGCAGUAAAGGAUUUGUAUUUGGUAUUUAAGUUGAUACAGAGCAGCGACAAUGGCUUCCCUUUUCAAGAAGAAGACUACCGACGACAUAAUCAAGGAACAGUCUAAGGAGCUGCGUAGCACUCAGAGACAGAUCGCCAGAGACAGAGCAGCGCUGGAGAAACAGGAGAAACAAAUGGAGGCAGAAAUCAAGAAAAUGGCUAAAAGUGGUAACAAGGAGGCUUGUAAAAUUCUCGCCAAGCAGUUGGUCCAGCUGAGGAAGCAGAAGAACCGCACAUACGCCGUCAGCUCUAAGGUCACGUCCAUGUCAACACAGACAAAGGUCAUGAACUCCCAAAUGAAGAUGGCCGGCGCGAUGUCCACCACAGCCAAGACAAUGCAAGCAGUGAAUAAAAAGAUGGAUCCACAGAAGACCCUGAAGACCAUGCAGGACUUCCAGAAGGAGAACAUGAAGAUGGGCAUGACUGAGGACAUGAUCAAUGACACUUUGGAUGACAUCUUUGAUGAGUCUGGGGAUGAAGAGGAAUCUCAGGACAUUGUCAACCAGGUCCUGGAUGAGAUCGGCAUUGAGAUCUCAGGAAAGAUGGUGAGAGCUCCAGCUGCAGGAAAGAGUCUUCCGGGCGCCGCCUCGUCCAAACAAGCCACCAUCUCCGAUGACGAGAUCGAGAGACAGCUCCGAGCUCUGGGAGUGGACUAAAUACCGUCUUUGUAUUAAUGUUCGCAUCAGAAUCCUGUGCAGCAUUAAUACUGAUUGAUACAGACUCUUUGAGAAACAUUGGUUUUGUUCAAAUGCUACAGGUGUAAUAAAGGGUGCACACACAUACGAACGCACACACACACACACACACACACACACACACACUGAAGGCAUGCAGGCAGACAGAUUAUAUUCACACACACAUAUUCACAUGCUCUUCUGCAGGUCAUUAUGGCAGAACAUCUGAUCUAUUUAUGCGAAAAUAUUUAUUAUGACCCUGGACCAUUGGUUGGACCAUUAAUAAAUGCUUGUCCUAAAGAGUUCUGAACCACCUACACAGCUGUUUACCACCCAUGUCUCUUUUAAAAAGGGCUACAGUAGUUGUGACCAUAGCUUGCAUCUGAUGUUUUGGUAAAACUUGAGUUUGUCAGCUUUUACAUGACUGAAGACAGAUUUUUACAGCAAGUUCUAACGAGUGAGAAACGGUCAUUAAAAAGAGCUUAGGUUGUCGUUGACCCGGUGGAUCUUGUAUUUUACACACUCACACUAUUUCCCUGCUAUCAUUGUUGCCACUUCUUAACCGUUCGUUCACUUCCUCAAACUAUCUAUUCAAUGUAGAGGGUUUUCAUUGUUGUGUGGGUAAAAUAUCCCAGGGGUGUGAGAGAUGGGCCAUGGUUAGUUUACCAUGCAAGCGAUUGGGAGAAAGUUGUCACGGCCGAUUAGCUAAUCCAUUCUCAUGUUUUUAUGAUCCUUCGGUACGCGGCCGUGGAUACUGGAGAUGAUGCAUCUCAGACGAGCAUAUGCAUGUGAAACAUAUAACUGACAUCGAUGCCUUCGGGCUAGAAUGAGGCCUUCACCGCACUUCAAAAUAAUGCAUGAGAUGGCUUUUAAUUAGCACCGCUGAAAUUGUGAUGCUGCACAGAUUAUGAGAAAACCGAAUCAAACACAAAUUAGUUCUUAUGAAAGACUGGCAUAUCAAAGGGUUCUGAAUCGAUUGUUCGAUACUACUGAGUAAUCAAAUGAGGUUGGGUUUUUUUUUUUUUUUGAUUCUUGGUUGAUGUGAUUGUGUAUCGUGCAUUGGAUGUGGCAUUUACACAGUGAUUGUGGGAUGGCAAUGGUCCUGCAGUCUCUCUUCUCUUUCAGCUGCUGUGCAGUUACUGUCAUUUGUUUUUUUUAAGCUGCCUCAUUCACAAACACACACACAAACGCACACACACACACACACUACAAUGACAAAAUGAUGGAAGUGAUGUUUGUUAAAAUGACACUGUGAUCCAAGAGUUGUUUUCUGGUCGUCAGAGCUGAAGCUGAUUCUUCUAUACAGUGAUUUUAUUUGUCAGCCAGCUUCAUGAGACUGACAGAGACAUCAUAUUAAGUCUUUGUCUUUCUCUCUCUCUGGCAAUCUAUUGAUUCCCAUUGCCAAAACAAACUCAAAAUGUUUUUAUUUUUGCAUGGAUCUGACAUGUUCAAUACAUAAUCCAUUUAUCUUGUUUUUGUUAAUCAUUCUUUCCUCCACCUUUUAACAGUCUAUUGUGAUUGUGAGCGGAAACAAUGUUUUAACCGAUUUUGACAUUGUUUGAGUGCAGUUCCAUGGUUAGGAAAUUUCCACACUUUUUGAAAGGUGUAUAUGCAUACUCCUCUUUUUUUCUGUAGUCAUUGUAAAGUGACUGUAAAGGGUUAAUGGCUUUUAUAAGGAAUAAAGUUUCUUCAGGUACA